GGAAGUGAGGUAAGGCCAAGUCGCUCGGAUUGGCUCCUCGCUUGGCGGGCGGCGCCGGUAGCCACGCCCCCGCCGGCGCAGGCCCAGAAGCGCGCGGGCCAUGAACGAGCAGGCGGAGCCGCUGGAGCUUUUCCUGGCGCAGCACCCGGCCCUGCGAGUCCUGCCCCCGGGCAGCCGGGUACAAUGCACGUUGACUGGUCACGAGCUGCCAUGCCAGCUGGCUGCCCUCCAAGCCUACACUUCCAGCAGGAAAUACCUGCGUCUGAACAAGGUCUCUGGAGCCUGGGACUACAGGGACUAUGAGCCCCACAUUGUGCCCAGCACCAAGAAUCGGCAUCAGCUGUUCUGCAAGCUCACCCUCCGGCACUUCAACAGAACUCCAGAACAAGUUCUGCACCACGUCCAGGGACACCGGUAUCAGAAGGCUUUGAAGAGAUAUGAAGAAUGCCAGAAGGCGGGUGUGGAGUAUGUCCCAGCCUGCCUGCUCCAGAGGCGGCGGCGGUGGCGACAGUGGCAGCAGCGGGACCAGCAGCCAAACAGCAGCCGACAGCCCUGCCAGAAGGGAGAGUUCUGGGAGCCUCUGCCCAGUGAUGAGGAUGGCAAGGAAACAGAUGACAGCAUGAGCGACCUGUACCCGCCGGAGAUGUUUCCAGAAAGAAGUCCAGCUGGAAAGGAGGGCAGUGACGAAUUCAUGACGGACAGUGACGAAGAGGUAGCCAAGCCGGCCAUGGAGGCUGGCAAGGGAAGCAAGGCCGUGGCUACCGGUUCAGUGGUGGGUGGCAAACGAGGAAAGAAGCAAACAGGCGGCUCCCUCAAGAAGAAGCUCAAAAGUCAGCAUAGAAAACCCAGGAGCUUUCGGAAAGCGGUGAAUGGGAAUGAUGUCAUGUGACCAUCUUGAGGUUGCAAUCUGUGAUUUCUUUCAAAAACAUUAAAUGCCCCUUAUACUCUU